GGAAAAUUACAUAAAAUAAAAGCUGCAAACCGGUAAUAUUUACGUGUUUUUUAUUUUUGGCAUUUCGCUUAAAUUAAAAACUGUGCAGAGAGGAAAACAGCCAAAACCCGAGUCAUUAUCGGAAGUAUGAAAAGUUAUCACUACUUUGAUGUGCAAUUGAAAUUUCGUGAUUUUGACUCCGUUGUGCUGACACCGAUCUAUUUUCGUGGGAGCGUUUUGGGCUCAUUGGAGGGUUUCUUUGGUGAAAUUGGGGGCAAGACCAGUUUGGAUAUAAUCAGAUUUAGCAAGGAGCAGAGACGCGUAGUAUUCCGUGUGCCGGAAGAGUUUGCCGAGCGGACGCACACAGCGAUCACCUUGAUUGGCCAUUAUCAGGAGGUGCCCUGUCAUUUUCGUGUGCUAAAAUCAUCGAAGAAGCCCCUGGACUUUCAGAAAUUGACUAGCGAAGAUCAAGACGAGUGCGAGGAGUCCGCCAAAGGAGAGGAGAAGGAGGAGUCACUAUAA